CAGGUUCUUUCAUUUUCUGCAACAUACGACAGUGAUCUAUUGAAGACCCUUUGUAAAUUUGUUCGUAAUCCUCACUACGUGAUGUUAUCUGAAGAUACACCGAACCUCGAAGGUGUUCUCCAAUAUUUUCAAAUGGUUCAGACACCAGAAACAAAAAAUGCAAUUGAAAAAUAUAAAUUUUAUGAAGAAAAAUUCAAAAAAUUAGCAGAAUUAUUAAGUCGAGUACCAUUUUAUCAGUGCAUUGUAUUUUUGAAUCACCGUGGAAGGGCAAUCGACUUGGCAAAUUAUUUAACAAGUCAAGGAUGGAUGGCAUUGAACAUAUCAAGCGGGUUAGAUCAAAAAACUCGUCUAGAAACAAUGUCAAAGGCUCGCAGUUUUCAGAUAAGAGUUCUUGUUUGUAGCGAUCUG